CACCGUAAUCAGUCCAAUACCAGCAUCAGUAUACCUUUGCGUGUCGGUCCUGUUAAGCGAGUGUGCAAGUGAUGUGGGCUGUAUUUUUCCUCUUCUCUGUCAUCACCUAUGUCCUCUCUACAACUCAGAUCUGAGCUGUUUGUGUUUGAUGUACCUCCACUUCAGGGUUUGCCUGGACUAAAGAUGACCGCCAAACGAUACCAUACCCCCUUUUCAGACUCCCAAGGACUGACACUUCUGUUUGCGCAUGGAGUUGGCGCGCACAAGGAGCAGUGGGAACCGAUGCUUCAGCAUCUGUUCUCUCACCAGAACAUGCAGCAGCCAAGUUGUAUACGUGAGGCCUGGUGUUUCGACUGGUUGAACCAUGGGGACGCCGCUAUAAUCAACAAGGCUGCACUCGAGCACCGUUCGCCGGGGGACGUUUCUAUAGCAGAAUGGGCAGCAGCGAUUGCGUCCUUUGUGAAAUCACCGUUUCUCAACGGCCACAAACUGGUCGGCUUCGGACACUCGGCGGGUUCCAGCGCAAUAAUACUCUCCACACGCGCAUUUCCCAUGCGCAAUCAACCCUUCGUUGCAGUAUUUCUCCUUGAACCUUCGAUGCUUACACGCGAAUUGUGGAUGUCUCACUUGAUAGAAAGAGAAACACUAGUGAGAAAAAGCAUAAAUGCUGCUCUCCGUCGACCUAGUGUGUUUGAUACUUCGGAAGAGGCAGCCAAUUACUGCCGAAACCGGAAGCCUUGGGCAGAAUUUGAUCACGCGGUAUUUGACGUCUUCAAACGACACGCGUUUUACCCAGUUAGCAUACAAGAUGGCAGCAAAAAGAAAACAAAAGUCGCUCUUAAAUGCGACUUACACCAUGAAGCACUUGCUUAUCAGGACAUCGAAAGCCACUUUGAAGCUACCGAUCAUUAUACACGCCUUUGCCGCGUGGUUCCCGUACACAUUGUGUUCGGAACCGUUCAUGAUUACAUUCCAUCCUAUUUCCAAGACUGCAUGACAGACGUCUCCCAGGGGAGAUCACCAGCGUCUGUGAAAAGGGUGCCUGGAGCUGGCCAUAAUAUUGUUCAACAAACUCCCGAAGCCCUUGCGAGGGAAAUAUCUAUCAGCCUGAAUUCAAUCAUGAAGGAUUCUACCUCGCAUCUCGUGCAUCGACUGUGAUCGUUAGCAACCUUCGCAAAUACCCAAUGAUGUAUAUGUAAGAAGACUACGAGGCGCUCGAACACGCAAGCGCUCAUGUAUCUUUGCUUUCUGGGUAUUGCAAGGGCGAGCCUUCCUCCAUGUAAUGUAAACCGCACGGGCCAUGUCCACUGAUUGGACACAAGUGCCUCGAAUCUCUUUGUACAUUACAUAUUUCGAUUUCCUGAUUGGGGUAGCUCUCGCGAUA